UCUCAGAGAAGGAGGAGGCCAGUGUCAAAAAAACUGAUAUUGUGUCAAGGCAAAUCCUCGGUCCUCAUCUCCACCAGCCCACCCCGAUCAGGAGGCGGCUUCAAACACUUUCAGCCCUGGACCCUGUGCUCCCUUCUCUCCAGAGGCCAUGGCUCCUGGAACCCUAAUACCACUGAUGGCAGUGGUCAUCUGGCACAGUCAGGCAGCUCCCAUGAUUGAGCCCACAGGUCCAGAGCUGGUGGUGGAACAAGGAUCAACUGUAACUCUUCGGUGUGUAGGCAAUACCAUAGUGGGCUGGGUCAAUGAUGUGAACUGCAACAUCGCUGACUGUAUUCAGCAACCCAUGGGCAACAUCAACACCCUUAGUAUCAUCAACACUACAAUUAAUCAUACAGGCACCUACAAAUGUUUGGAGAAAGGGAUAGAAAACGUGGAUGGAGACAACUCUACUGCUUCCCUGCAUCUCUACGUGAAAGAUCCAGAGAAUCUUUGGAGUGUUCCUGUCAGCGUGGUCACUGUCUUGGAGGGCAGAGAUGUGCUGUUGCCCUGUCGGAUCACAGAUCCUACAGCAGUGCCUUCAGCAUCUCUGGAGAGGAUCCAUAACAAACCUGUCAAGGCCAACUUCACCUUUGACCGUUGGAAGGGCUUCACGUUGCAGAAGGUCCAGUUCAUCCACAGAGACAGUUACUUAUGUAAGACUGUGGUUGGAGGAAAGAGCAGAUACUCCUCAAAGAUCCGGGUGAUUGUGGAAAAAGUCCUCUUAGGACCUCCAAAGCUGUGGCUAGAACCUUCUGAGCUGGUUCGGAUACAAGGAGAACCUGCCCAGAUUAUCUGUACAGCAAGCAAUGUAGAUAUAAAAUCUCAUGUUGUCCUCAAACACCAGCAAAAGGAGAACACUUCCCUGGGAAAAUACGACUAUAAGUUUAUCGGUGACAGCUAUCAAAUUACCACCAACUUCACCAUCACAGCUGUGGGCCCAGAGGAUGGUGGCAUCUAUUUCUGUCAGGCUUCCAACUAUUUGGAAUCCAGCAUUUCUUUUGUAGUUCUAAAGGUGGUAGAUCAAGGGUACAUGAACCUGUCCUCUGAGCAGAGCUUCCAGCUUGAGACGGCUGUUGGGGAGAAUUUGGACUUGAAAGUCAAUAUUGAGACUUAUCCCAAGCUGCUUUACUGGAACUGGACUUAUGAUGGCCCCUUUCUUGACUCCCACCCCGGACUUGUGACCUCCAUUUCAGGGGGAACCUACAGGUUCAACUCAACCCUCACUCUGUCUCGGCUGAAAGAUUCCGAAGCUGGACGCUACACUUUCCAUGCUGAGAAUGCAGACGCUAAGGCUUCCCUUAGCUUUGAGGUCAUCCUGUACUACCCCCCAGAAGUACAAGUCCAGCAGGCAUACCUCAAUAUCUCUAAUGUCCUUCGCUGCAUUGCUUUUGGGUAUCCAGCCCCUGAGAUUACAUGGUACCUCUGCUCAGGAGAUAAAGAAAGAUGCAACCAGGACAGAGUGCUGCUGUGGAGUGAUACCAAUGCCUCAAUCCUGAGCCAGGAGCCCUUUAACAGAGUGAUGGUUGAGAGUAUCUUCCAUAUCCAGACCCUGACGGAAAACACCACCUACAUGUGCAUGGCCAGCAACAAGGUCGGGAAUAACUCACACAUCUUCUGGCCCAUCUUUGGAGAAGCUGUCAUGCGACCUAUCGAAGACAAUCUCUUUAUCCCUGUUGUCACGGCCUGCAUUGCCACCAUGACCCUGCUUUCUCUUCUUCUCCUCCUGCUCCUGUACAAAUACAAACAGAAACCCAAGUACCAAGUGCACUGGAAGAUCAUUGAGGCCUGCGAAGGGAACAACUACAUCUUCAUUGAUCCCACACAGCUGCCUUAUAAUGAGAAAUGGGAGUUCCCCCGAAAUAACCUGCAGUUUGGUAAGACACUGGGAGCUGGAGCCUUCGGGAAAGUAGUGGAAGCCACGGCCUUUGGACUGGGGAAAGAAGAUGCUGUCCUCAAGGUGGCUGUGAAGAUGCUGAAGUCCACUGCUCAUGCAGAUGAGAAGGAGGCCCUCAUGUCUGAACUAAAGAUCAUGAGUCACCUGGGGCAGCAUGAGAACAUUGUUAACCUGCUGGGAGCGUGUACCCAUGGAGGCCCAGUCCUGGUCAUCACAGAGUAUUGUCACCAUGGUGACCUGCUCAACUUUCUACGCCGUAAGGCAGAGGACAUGUUGAUGCCAACCCUAAGUUCGGAGCCUGAUGGAGGUGCAGGGUACAGGAACAUCCAUCUGGAGAAGAAAUACAUCCAUGGCCAGGGCCUGGACACCUAUGUGGAGAUGAGACCUGUCUCCUCCUCCUCCUCUUCUGGCUCCUUCUCUGAGCAGGACCUCGACCAGGAGGACGGCCGGCCUCUGGAGCUCUGUGACCUGCUGCGCUUCUCUGGCCAAGUGGCCCAGGGCAUGGCUUUCCUUGCCUCCAAGAACUGUAUUCACCGGGACGUGGCUGCCAGAAACGUGUUGGUGACCAGUAGGCGUGUAGCCAAAAUUGGAGACUUUGGGCUGGCAAGGGACAUCAUGAAUGACACUAACUAUGUGGUCAAAGGCAAUGCACGCCUGCCUGUGAAGUGGAUGGCUCCAGAAAGCAUCUUUGACUGUGUCUACACAGUGCAGAGUGAUGUCUGGUCCUAUGGGAUUUUGCUCUGGGAAAUCUUCUCACUGGGUUUGAGUCCUUACCCUGGCAUCCUGGUGAACAGCAAGUUCUAUAAGUUGGUGAAGGAGGGGUAUCAGAUGGCCCAGCCCGACUUCUCUCCCCCAAACAUAUACAGCAUCAUGCAGGCAUGCUGGGACCUGGAACCUACUCGGAGACCCACCUUUCAGCAGAUCUGUUCCUUUCUUCAAGAGGAGAUGGAUGCCACUAGUAGAAAGCAGGACUAUGCCAACCUGCCCGGCAGUGGCAGCAGUGAGGAGGAAGACAGUGUCAUUGAGCCCCUGGACUGCUGUGACCAGGUGGACAGCAGCCAGCCCCUAUUGCAGGCCAAUAACUACCAGUUCUGUUAAGUCAGAGAGUCCCUACCUCUUGCUUCUCUAGACUGCCUAGUUCUUCUGUGGAAGGGUCAACCUAGGGCAUGAAGAGACACUCGAUGAUUUCGUUAUUUCACUGAAGGGCUGGGCCCACCUUUGAAGCUCAGGAAUAUAAAUAGGCUAGCUAUUUCCCUGGGAACCCAGUUAUUUUUGCAUGCCAGGAUCAGAGUGGCGUAUGAUAGCUGUGCUCCUGUGUAGGCCCUUCUCAAUCCAUUGGUGCUGUAACAGCCUAUUUUAGCAUCUAUUGCUAAACAUCCUCUCAGUAACUUUAUCCUUUUAUCACCCCCCUUCAUACUUAAAGAAAAUAAUCUCGGCCUUUACGGCUAAGAAUUCCUCUCUCCUCGUUCCCUUCCCUGUGGAAGACUAAACUCGACCUCAAGAACCAAAAAACUGCUUCAUUGGAUGUGUGGCCCAAAGCCCACAAUACUGGAGAGGCAGCACGGCAUGAAGGAUGGGAUACAGAAUAUGAAGGACCUGGGUUUGAAUUCCACUCCCUAGCUAUAUAUAUGGCUCAAGACAAAGGCCUGCUUCCUCAUCUAUAAAAGGAUGAAGUUGGAUUCAAUGAUCCCUAAGGUCCUUUCCAGCUUUAAAUCUAUGAGCCUAUUGGAACAGGCCUGGAUCGGCAGAGUGGGAAGGCAGAGAAAAGUCACCACGUGCAGAAGGCGUCGGCCAUUCUUAGCAGCAAAGGCCAGUCCUAUCACCCCCACUCGGCUCAAAGCUCAUGCAUAGCAUUGCUGUCACAAAUAGCUUCAGGGAUGCAUUUCCUUGGGGAGGCAACAUAGCAAAUUCAUUUGGCGAAAGUUUGUUUUUGUGGGGGGCUUUUUUGGUUAGAAUUUAAGUAGCACGACUCCUAGGUUUCCUUCCCUCGUUGUUUAUGCCCUGCUUUGGGUUAUUAUAGCAUUAAAAAGUCCAAGGUCUAAUAACAUCAGGGCUUACCUUCUUUGGUCCUUGAAGUUAUCAGUCAUCGCUCUAAGGGCUGGCUAACCUUGGCAUUUAGCAGGGCAGGAAUGUACCUUAAAGCAUUAAACUAAGCUACCUACUUUUAACUAACAGUUAUCUCACAGGAUGUCAAGGUGAAGAUUAAACUAACGACAUUAACUCAA